CACGAACUUCCAGUUUACAUAUGUAGGAAACUGGACUAAUUUUUUCUUUAAAAAAAAAAAAAAAAUUAAUCAACGCCAAUCCAGACAAUGUCUUGCUCUUGCACUUCGACUUCCAUUUUACUUUCUCCAACGAAAUCUUCGGCCACCUUCAAUUCUAGAUCUCGAUUCGUCCGCUGCGCCGUCGGAGGGACUGUUGUUGAACCAAAAGCUGUAUCUGUUGCUGAACCCCUUUUGCUUAAGGCUGUGAGAGGAGAGGAUGUUGAAAGACCCCCAGUCUGGCUUAUGCGGCAAGCAGGGAGGUACAUGAAAAGUUACCAAAUCAUCUGUGAGAAGUAUCCUUCAUUUCGUGAACGAUCAGAAAACGUUGAUCUCGUAGUAGAAAUUUCUCUGCAGCCAUGGAAUGUUUUUAAGCCUGAUGGGGUCAUAUUAUUCUCAGACAUUUUAACCCCUCUUUCUGGGAUGAAUAUACCUUUUGACAUUGUGAAAGGUAAGGGUCCUGUAAUAUUCGAUCCUAUGUGCACAGAUGCUGACGUUGACCAAGUGAGAGAAUUUGAUCCCAAGGAGUCAGUUCCUUAUGUUGGGAAAGCAUUGACAAUCUUGCGAGAAGAGGUAAAUAAUGAAGCAGCUGUUCUGGGUUUUGUUGGGGCUCCUUUCACCUUGGCAUCGUAUGUGGUUGAAGGUGGUUCAUCGAAGCACUUCAGCAAAAUAAAACGACUAGCUUUCUCUCAACCCAAGGUCCUUCAUGCAUUGCUUCAGAAAUUCGCAACCUCCAUGGCAAAGUAUGUACAGUACCAAGCUGACAAUGGAGCUCAAGCUGUUCAAAUAUUUGACUCUUGGGCCACAGAGCUUAGCCCAGUAGAUUUUGAAGAGUUUAGUCUGCCAUACUUGAAGCAAAUUGUAGACACUGUCAAACAAACUCAUCCGGAUCUACCUCUAAUCCUUUAUGCUAGUGGAUCGGGUGGCUUGCUUGAAAGGCUAGCUUUGACGGGUGUAGAUGUGGUUAGCUUAGAUUGGACAGUUGACAUGGCUGAAGGUCGAAGGCGUUUGGGAGCUGAUGUGGCAGUUCAAGGAAAUGUUGAUCCUGGUGCUCUUUUUGGUUCUAAAGAGUUCAUCACCAAUCGGAUAAAUGAUACAGUGAGGAAGGCAGGCAGAGGGAAACAUAUUCUAAAUCUAGGCCAUGGCAUUAAAGUAGGUACACCUGAAGAGAAUGUUGCUCAUUUCUUUGAGGUUGCUAAAAAUAUUAGAUACUAAAUCCAGAAAUUGGGUUAAUCAUUUUCUGCUAGAUUGAGUUUCAUGUAUUAUUAGCUCUCCUUUUACGGCUCUUGAUUUUUCAUUUACA